AUAAACAUACUAUGUUGUAAUAAGUAUUGCUAGAAACAGACAAAAUAUUCAGAGCUAUUUGCGACUUAUAGUAUCUUUGUGAAUACGAGGCUUACCAUGAUUGCAAGAUCUAUUCUAUUCUUUUCUUAAUGACACAAUGGGCGGUACAAUAAUCUCUUAACUGUCUCUGUAUGUGUAUAGUUAUCGACAUGCGACUCGCGUGCUAACAACCUCUAAUGACAUAUUUUCGAUAACGUAAUUACGGUAGAGAAGAAAAAUAAUGCAACUUGUUGAAUUAAUUCCAUAAAGUACGAAUUUGAGCGUUAUUCGUUUUAUUUUUAUGCUACCAAAUCGUUAAAUUUAAUGUUAUAAAAUUUUUAAUAUUUAUUUUCAAAUUGUAUAACAAAGCUGCUUGUUUACGUUACUGAGAUCUUAUCCAGAUGUUUCUACCGAAAAUAAAAAAGUUACAACACUUUGCUAGUAUGGUAAUGGCUAGUGUUUUUGCAGUAUACAGAGACAGUACAUUGACUGAUCUGGUUGGCGCCAGUCUGCCUCCAAACGCCGCGAUGUUACCGCUUAUUGUGUUAACUUUUAUUUCUGGGUGCGCGGGUGCAACGCAAGAUCCUGUGGACGGUCCUACUGGAAUCAGCAAUUUACCAAAUGAGAUCAUUUAUGGAAGCCUGGGAGAACCACUCAAUAUCCGAUGUCUUGCAUUUGGCUACCCUCCACCAUCCAUAUAUUGGUACAAAGGAAAAAGUGGCCCAAUGAUUCCAUACAGCAGCACACUGUAUGAAGCAAGAGGAAAUGUUUUACAAAUUCGUCAGUUGAACGCAGAUACGCUCGGAGAAUAUAUUUGCCAAGCUUAUAAUGGUUUUGGAAAACCAGCUGAAUGGGCCUUUGAAGUGCAAGAACUGACAGCUAAACCUAUUGGAAACUAUAUAGAUCCUCUUUUGCCUCUGCCGUCCCAAGAACCUCAAACUGAAGGAACGACUACACAGGCGCCUAAAAUUGAAGUACCUGUUUAUACUGUACCUGUGACGACGAGGAUAUUAGCUGAAGCGACAAAAAUGUCUGCUGGGACAGUGAUCACAGUGCCUUGCGAGGUUGACGGAUACCCUGUACCUGUAGUUAGAUGGUCAAAGGAUAAUGUUCCUUUAGAGUCGAGCGAUAGAAUACAGAUUACCGAGGCGCGCCUGACGAUAUCCCACGCGAACACAAAUGACACUGGUGAAUACGCGUGCGAAGCCAACAACGGUUACAGCUCGCACUCAUCCACAGUUAGGAUUAUUGUUGAAGGAAUGUAUAUCCCGCCGACUUGCAAGGACAAUCCCUACUUCGCCAAUUGUCACCUCAUCGUGCGCAGUAACUACUGCCAUCACAGAUAUUAUUCACGGUUCUGUUGCAAAUCGUGUGUGGAAGCCGGGCAGCUAGAUCCUUCCGAGCUGGAACUGAUGCAGGGUGACGAAUCCUUCAAAAAGAAGUAGACUAUAAUAGUGUUUAAUCUAUACUGUCCAAUAUAUCUUUAACCCAAAUAUAUAUAGCUAUUAGCCAGUCUUUCUAGAACGCGGAAUCAAGAUAGUAUCGUGUUACGAUUAUUAAGACGAAAACAUUUUAUUCCACAUUUCAAAAGGCUUACAAUCGCAAUGAAGCUUUGACUAUCAGAUAAAAACAAUAUUUUUAAUAUGUAUUUUUAUAUUAGACUCAAUAAAAACUAAGUACAAUUGAAGCAACUGUUAAUUUCAAUACCCAUGUGCCAUAAUUAAUGUAUAUUUAUUUAAUUAAUUUUCAAAUAUAUCGGUCAAUGAUUUUCAUUGUAUACGAUUUCUAUAAAAUAUAUUUUUAUAAGCCUAUAUUACUUUUGUAUUCAUUAGCUGGUUCUAAUACUCCCUAACAGUAUAGGUUAUAUAAAUGUAAGCGUAUGUAAAUAAUUAAGAAUACUUAAUGUCACAACUAGAUAGGACACUUUUAUUUUGUUUUCAGUCACAAUUAGCAAAUUAUGUAUUAUGCAAAGUUAUAUAACGCCAAUAAGGUUUCUAUUGUUUUAAUAAGUAUAUAAGUUAUCAAUUAUGUGAAUGUGCAAUUAAAUUGAGGCCUCAUGUCAUAUAAGUUAUUUAUUUCAUUUAAUUUUUAAAUGAAAUUAAGUUACACUAGGGAAACAUAAUAAUGUGAGUCAUAAUAUUUUUUAAGUCAAUCGAAAGUGACAAGUGUAAAUAAUAUGAACCAAAAUAAACAUUUAUGACUAUA